AAGCCGACGCGGCCACACCUCUAGUCUCAGUUGGAGUGCGUCGUAGCGGCGUCGCGCACGGAGGAGGAACCCCAGGCCGGCGUAAUUCAGCAGCCACUCCACAAACCAUGCGUCCGCGCCUCAACUUCUACUUAACACGCAAGAAAUCGCACCCGAAGACUCUUUUCUAACCGAGGACCUAAAAAAAAACAAAAAACCUUGCAUUUGGACGCGUUUCCGGCGAUUACCCACGACGUUUUCAUCUGUCCAUCUGUUUUUACGACCACAGUCGUCAUCAUGUUGCAAAGCUUCGGUCAGUCCCAGGACUGGCUUUACUCCGAGCCCCUGUUCGACGACGACUUCUACCAGAACUUGGUGAAAAACCUGGAAUCUCUCCCCACCCCUCCGCAGUCCCCUCCCAUGAAGCCCUCGGAAACCUCGGACUCCAAACCCCUGUCCAAGGAGGAUCAGCUCAGCUACGUGUCCAACAUCCUCCUGGAAGACUGCGACAUGCAAGCACUUAACUGGAACUGUGACCUGUUCGAGGAGAAGGAGAGCAGUGGCGCGCAGUGCGAGGAUGGGGCAGAGUAUUUUCUCUGGAAGGAGUUUGGCAAGGGGUUCGACGAGAAGCUGGUCUCGUCCAUGCUCAGCUCCAGCCCUCUUCUCUCGGACAUUGACACCAGCAUCUUCGAGGAGAUCGCCGGCUCCACGCUCGACUGCCAGGCCCUGAUGGAGAACACGCCGGAAGGAAGCGAAGCCACGUCAGACUACGGUUCCACCGGAGGAGAACUUUCAAACUACUCGUCUUCAGACUCUGAGGAGGAGAUCGACGUCGUGACGGUGGUCCGCUGCCCGUCUAGCCCCUCGCCUUUACCCUCGCUGGCCGACAUCCGACAGCGAGAACAGGACGAGGCGGAGCAGCAGCGGCUCGCCCUGCAACGCCACAACGCCGAGAUCCAGCAGCAGCACAACUACGCCGCGCCGUGCCCCGCCUCCCCGCCGCCGUCGCACGCCCACAAACGCUCCCGGGACGGAUCGGCGCGCCACCACCACCACCGGAACUCCAGCUCGUCCUCCUCGUCGUUGUCCUCCUACGCCUCCUCGUCGCGCUUCGGCUCCAGGAACUCCACGGAAACGGAAGACGAGGAGGAGCGGCGGCGGACGCACAACGUGAUGGAGCGACAGCGCCGGAACGAGCUCAAGAACUGCUUCAUGCACCUGCGCGACAACGUGCCCGAGCUGACGCGCAACGAGAAGGCGUCGAAGGUGGUGAUCCUGAAAAAGGCGCGGGACUGCAUUUUCAACCUGGAGGACGAGGCGCACCGGCUGCAGAGGAAAAGGGACCAACUGCGAGCGCGUCAGGAGGAGCUAAAAGCUAGGCUCGCGCAACUACGAAGCUAAUGGCGAACGCGCUAAAAUGACUGUGUACAAAGACUCUGGGGAAACGGACUUGUAGUAAUGACAGCCCAAUCACAGGAAAUAAAGUUUUUUUACAACUUUACAAACCAGUGAUACAUGGAGUAAAAGAGCAAAACUUAUGUUAUAUACUGUAAAUGUUGCCGUCUUAACUGUUAGCUUUCGUACGGUUAAAGUAUUUGUUCGGAUAAAGCUGCAAGUCAGUUUUAUUUAUAAAGUUGCUUAUUUUUAUAUAACUAUGCCAAUAAAUUUUGUAUUGAAAUGAGAAAUGAGACUUCUAAUCUUCAUCGCAUUUGCUUUCACAAUUAAAAUGUGCAAGAUUUUUUUGUAAAAAAAAAAAAAAAAGCUUCAAAAACUCAGAAUUUGUAUCUGGAAUGUGUAAAGAAAAUAGAACAACAUGUGGUUUAAGAAUGUUAGAUUUCAAAUUGAUAUCUAAGAGUUAAAGAUUUUAUUUUAUUUUAUUUUUUUGGCCAUUUAAAAACAAAUGAAUUGAUUGGCCACAAAUCAUCAUUGACAUCUUAUGAAGCUAUAUUAGAAAUUGGAACAGUAAAAGUGAGAUGAAAAUGGAUGAAUUUCUAAAAAUCUGUAAACAAAAAUAUAUAUACCCUGAGGUUAAAAGUUAAUAAUAUUGUUCAAAAUCUCACGUAAUCUGAAACCUUUCUUCUACCUUUGCCUGUAAAACUGAACAUUACCUCAGACAUCUCUGUGCCUCGGUUUGAAGACUUGUAAAUCAGUCUUUAUUUUUUGGUGCUUGGGCUGAAGUUUUUGGGGAGAAACGGCGUAAGAAAAACUCGCGUACGCACAAAUGACGGACAUUUCAAGAAGUGAAUAUUUUUGGAAAAGAUGGAGACACUCAUUGCCUCAAAUCAUUCACAUGCCUCGACUGCUGACUGUUGGAUUCAUGUUAAACAAUUUUCACUUGGACUGAAAAAAGAAAAGCAGGAAAUGCACAAAUGUUUUGUUUUGUAUAGAAGUCUUAUGGUACAACAUUUGGGAUUUGAGUUUAUAAAUAUAUAUAUAUAAAAUAGUGGUUUGUAUAAGUUGAAUUAUUUGCGUUUUAAUGAGUAAAAUUAAGUUGAAAUAAAUGCUGUUAGUAGGUUACGCCUACUUAAUUUCCCACUGAAA